AUGGAUGAAAUAUCAACUGGCUUAGACAGCUCCACUACUUUUCAAAUAAUUACAUGUCUCCAGCAAUUGGUGCACAUCAAUGAUGCAACAGCAGUGCUUUCACUCCUCCAACCAGCACCAGAAACCUUUGAGUUGUUUGAUGAUCUUAUAUUGAUGGCAGAGGGGAAGAUAGUAUACCAUGGCCCCUACAGUCAAGCACUCCAGUUCUUUAAGGAUUGCGGUUUCUGGUGCCCUGAAAGAAAAGGAGUGGCAGACUUUCUUCAAGAGGUAACCUCUAAGAAGGAUCAAAGGCAAUACUGGUACCGCACGGAUAUUCCUUACAGUUAUGUUUCAGUGGAUGAGUUCUCUCAAAUUUUUAAAACAAGCUACUGGGGAAGAAUGUUAGUUGAUGAGCUCUCACAACCAUAUGAUAAAUCUCAAUCCCAUGAAAGUUCUUUAUCAUAUAGCAAGUACUCCUUAGGAAAAUGGGAUUUGUUUGAAGCUUGUAUGAAGAGGGAGAUUCUUCUCAUGAAACGAAACUCGUUUAUCUAUAUAUUCAAAAGUGUGCAGCUUACAAUCACUGCAAUCAUAACAAUGACGGUCUUUUUUCGCACACAACUUGACGUGGACUUGUUAGGAUCAAACUAUUUAUUAGGUUCACUGUACUAUACACUUGUACGCCUAAUGACAAAUGGAGUUGUCGAGUUGAUAAUGACUAUUACUAGACUACCCGUUGUUUAUAAGCAGAAAGCAUUCUAUCUCUAUCCAGCUUGGGCUUACUGUCUUCCAGCUGCCAUACUAAAGAUUCCAUUUUCAGUCCUUGAUUCUCUUGUUUGGACAUCAAUAACAUAUUAUGUUAUAGGCUACAGCCCAGAAAUAACAAGGUUCCUCCGCCAGUUCCUUUUGCUUAUCGCUCUGCACAUGUCAUCAACCUCUAUGUGUCGUUCCCUUGCUGCAGUUUUUAAAACUGAUGUUGCAGCUACAAAUGUUGGUUCUUUGGUCUUAGUACUCAUGUUCUUGUUUGGAGGCUUUAUUCUUCCUCGACCAUCAUUACCAAAGUGGUUGAGGUGGGGUUUUUGGCUUUCUCCCAUGUCAUAUGGGGAAAUAGGAAUAACACUCAAUGAAUUUCUUGCUCCUCGCUGGCAAAAGAUUCAAGAGGGAAACAUCACCGUUGGAAGAGAGGUUCUCAAGAGUCGUGGUUUAGACUUUGAUAGCAACUUUUUCUGGAUAUCAAUUGCAGCAUUACUUGGUUUCGCAGUAGUAUUUUAUAUCCUAUUUGUAGUAGCAUUAACUUACUUAAAAGGUGAGUCCUAUCCAUGA